CGCUGCACCGGAGGCAGCGGGAGCUGCGGGUUGUCUGGACUCCCCGCUGCAUCAACCCCUCUGAUCUUUGCUAUGCUGCCUCAUGCCACUGUUUCUUCGUUGUUGUAUUGGCUAUCAAAAUAUUUAACCAACAAUUUAUUAUAAUAAUAAUAACGAUAGCUCAACGAUGUACAAUUUAGGAAUUAUUAAAAUAACCACUUUGUCCAUGGUGUUUUCCGAUCCAUAGUUUCAAGGCACUGCUUGCCUCCUACCUUCACCCCGCAGCGUUCACUGGGCAGGUGACACACUUUGCUCACGGCUAGAAGCCUUAACAGUUGGUGCGUUGGAAUUUUGUGUUUACCUGAAACAUCCACAAAAUCUUGUGCAGCGAAGGAGUAAGGCUGUUUUCGCUUGGAUCUUGUCUGCAGUGAGGAAAACCUUUUGCUGCUGGUUAAGAUUGAUCGAAAGAGCCAGGGCCCUUCAUGUACAUCUGAAGACUUUAGGCAGGGGAAUGAUUUUACCCCUAUAAAGAACAAAGAAGGGGAAAAUGAUUAAGGGUGCAUUAGUUUUUAUCUUAGUAGGAUGAGCUGGUUCAAAAGAACCUCCAGUGUCCGAGAAGAUGCUCGGACAGCUGUGAAUGGAAGCAGUUCCCUUUCCAGCAAUAAUGGGAACCUUGACCCCAUGAGCACUGACCCUGACCUUUGCUUCGAGGUGUUCAAAAACCACUGGCAGCAGGCAUGCAGUGUCAUUUCAGGCAACAGAAAUAAUGGUUCAUCUCCUUCAAAUGAUGACCUUGAGAUGGUAGUCCAUAACUUUGAGCAGAUGAUUACUCUGUUGGUAGGAGAAGAGAGCAUUGAUGGAAUGCCUGGCCCCAUUGCUAACUUUCUGCUGGAAAAAGAGGUGCUGGAGAAUUUUUGUAACUGGUGCAGUAGUCAGCAAGACCAUCAGGACAAGCUGCGGAUGGAACAACUUCGCAUGUACGAGCUCCUCAUAUCUCAAAGCAGACAGCUCUUGCUCAUUCACCGCCCUGUUAUUCGACCAUUGCAUCGUCUUCUUAUGGCCUGCAAGGAGCCUCAGCUUCCAAGUUCUGGUUCUGAAGAGCUGGAGUUUCGCCUAGUUCUGGUUUUGCAUCAGAUCUGCACAUGCAUCUCACAGGAAACUGUGAUACUUGAGAGCUUCUUUAGCACAGAAGCUGAUCAUGGCCCAGCUAAGUUUCUUAUAUUUUCUUUGCUGAUCCCUUAUAUCCACCGUGAAGGACCCAUCGGCCAGAGAGCCAGAGAUGCUUUGCUGCUCCUUAUGACCCUCUCAGCCAGACAUCCCCACAUUGGGUACUACAUCGCUGAUAAUUCUGAUUUUUGUCCUGUGCUGGCUACAGGUUUAAGUGGUCUAUAUUCGUCACUACCAAGAAAGAUAACACCUUCACGUGAUGACUGGUGUGCUCUGACUGAAGAGGACUGCCAGCGGAUUCCUGACCUUCAGAUGUUUCUCAACUCCUUGGAGUUUUGCAAUGCUGUUGUUCAGGUCGCCCAUGAACAAGUACGUGAUCAGCUUAUUAAAUUCAUUUACACUGGAUUUCUGUUACCAGUUCUUGGACCUGCUUUGCAUCAGGACAUAUGUGGCCUCCCUAUAACUCUACUGGAUACACCAGUGUUUAUGACUUCACGAGAUGAAGUGAUGACAGCUACUGCAUAUUUAGACCUGUUUCUACGUCGGAUCUCAGAGCCACAUCUGAUCAAGGCAUUCCUGCGAUUUGUGUUGAUGGAGCGCCAUGAUGAGAUGCUGAUUCUUGAAUCCCUCAUUUCUCGUAUUGGCUCUAAUAGCAAGCUGUCUUUGGUUUCCUUGUCACUUUUCAAUACCCUGGUGGAGAUGAAUUGUGAGGAAGUUAUGUUUCAACUUGUUUUCAGGUACCUAAUUCCAUGUACCCAUGUGAUGGUAAGCCAGCGCAGGUCUGUCCGUGAUAUAGACUUGUACGGCAAAAGUGCGGAAAAAUUCCUCUCGCUUCGUCCAGUCUGCUGCAUGACAUAUCCCACCACUACUUCCGCAGGUCCCACCCCCAGCCCCUCACCCAUAGCUGCAUUUUCACCACCACAGACGACUGUCACACCUGGUCGUGCCCCACUGCUCAGCAGAACAAAUUUUGGUAGGAGUGCUAGCAUAAGUACUCCUGGAGAGCUGAUUAGCCCUGCAAGUAGACAAGAACCACGCAGGCGCAGCAGUUUCUUCAAGAACAAAAAGGAGAAGAAAAAAAUGGAAUCUCUAUCUGAGGAACAGCGAUCUGCUGUCCAUACUGCUUUGUCUGCUAGUAAUGAAUUGGCAUCAUCCCAGACAGAAGACUUGAAUGUAUUGAUGGAGAGCAGUUAUACAGACUACCUGCAUGAGGCACAGAUCACGCUAAAAAGAUGUGCUCAAGCAUGCCAGCAUUGGUCUGCACCAUAUGAUGGAGAGAAUCCAGCACCAGGCAGUGUUUUUGGCCCCAAUGUGUCUUCACGGGUUGCUAAUGGUGACAGUACUUGGUCAGAACCCACUAAGAACCUUCAGAAGGAGAAUGCAAAUGCUGAAAAGAACAAUAACAUCAUGCCUCCUUCUGGAAACAAAAGACAGAGUUCCCCACAGAAACUGUUCAGGUCCAGGUUAUCUAUCAUCAGAUUCUGUGGCUGUCUCUCAGAAAGAAGGUGUAAGCCAGCAAGUGGCAAAUAAAGUGGAGAGAAGACUGCCACAGACUGGCGUGCUGCUUCUAGUAGUACCGUUGUGAGAAUAGACCCCUUGUGCAAUAAGGCUCUUUCCUCAUCCCCAUUGUCCCCAACUCGGCAAAGUCUUUCAAAACUCUCCUUGUGCCUAGACAACCUGGACAGCUUUUUGACCUGCCUAAAUGACCUUGAUCUGCAGUCCCAAGAAGUGUGCAGCAAGACAGAUUCUUUGGAAGAAGUGUUUUCCUCAUUUGAACAAGCAUUGUUUAGUGUAACUUAUGGAGUGAAGUCAGACUUUAAUGCAAAGGCUUCCACAGAAAGCAGGUCUUUGUCCUCAAUGGGCUCAAUUGGCCCAAAACUUGAAGAAAAAGUUGGCACCUGGAAGACCGGUCGAUGUUGGUGUCUGAAAGACAGAGGAGUUCAUACAGAAGGUAAUUCAUCGACUCAAGCCAUGCCUAUCACCACCACUGAUGGUGCUACAUCCCAAAAGUUGCUGACAACGAGAAGUUCCCAAGCAGUUCCUCCUAGAUCACUGGGCUUGUUGUUUGUGGAAGAACCUAGCAAUGGAGGUAAAUUGAACAUGUUCCCUUCUGGUAGCUCUGAUGACUUUUCACGACCCCUGCCAGUGAGUCCAACUAGUCCUGGCAUGUCCUUGUCACCAACUUCAACCUCCUCCACAGGCCAGCAUCUUCCAUUGACCUCAGUCAGGUACUCUAGCAGUCCACCUAAUAUUGGACCCUUCUUGUCUGCUGUUUUUGGGCGACUUGAAGGGAUGGUGCAAAACUCCUUGUAUGCAAAUCUGCUGUUGACAGGGCUUGUCUCACGUUUGGCAGCUUAUCCUCAUCCUCUUCUUCGAUCAUUUCUGCUCAAUGUUAAUCUAGUUUUCCAGCCCACUGUCAAGUCAUUAGUGCAGGUUCUGUCUUCUGUGCGUCAAAAAGUUGACAGCUAUGCUGUGACAACACGUAAUUUUAGUGCCCUCCUGAACAAAGCUCGAGGUAACCUCAAGAUGCGUGAGGACUACCUCAUAAGCAGCAUAAGUGGUGGUCACUCUGUAUUGCCACCAUCAAGUGAUUAUAUGCAUGGUCAACCUUCCAAGCCCCUGGUCUGCAACUAUAAGAAAAAGAAAGUGUCUCUGGCCGAUCUCUUCCGACCAAAGCGCUCAAGACCACCUGUUCGCAAAAGCCCGCAACUGAAGCAAGUUGAGGUGGCAGGUGGCGUUGGUUACCACUUUAUCAAUGAUUUCCAAAGAGACACUCAGGAUAGCCAUGAGGAGUUGUUGAAAACAUGGAAUGCUGUCUACUGUGCUCUCGUCUUAGAGGAAUUUCUCAAAGAGUUAUCUGCCCUUUCACUAGAGCAUUCUCUGUUGACAUUUGAUGAGGUUCAUAUUGGAAGCUGACUGGAGAUCAUGCUGUAGUUAAAAUUCUUUAAUGUAGGGUCAUGGUGAAACAGUUUGCAUCUGUUUCAGUGCUUGCAUAAUCAGAGAUGGUUUCUUUUUUCGUUACUUUGAAAUGUGCCAGAAUAGUCACUAUGCAAAAGUUUUUUUUUUUGCAUAAUGAAUGACUGCCAGCAUGCACCUAACAAAACUUCUGAUUAUUCUAAUAUUUGUUCUCUGUACCCCCCACCCUCUCCCUCUCACACACGUUCUCACUCAUGUCUCUCUAAUUCUCUCAUGUCACACUGUUUUGUGCUUGAACACAUUAUUUGUGCUUGCUAAUCUUCAUCUUUGGACACCACUCCUGAAACAUUUUAUUUUAUUGCAAGCUUUGUCUAACUCAGGUAAAAUUAUGUUAUUUCUUGCAAACUUCAUCUUAAACUUAGCUUGUCAGUCACCAUCUAUCAGACAAGAAAAAAAAGAAAUUCCAAUGAAUUUUCUAUCAGAUGUGAAGGAUACCCAAUGGUGCUACUGAAUGUCUAUUUUUGAAGUCACUCUUACAUGUUUCAGUACUUUUAAACUUGUAGAAUAAAUGCAUUUUUCAAAUGAUAGUCACUAAGGCCCUUGCACAUAUAUUUUGUGUGUAAUCCUUGUAUACCUGAUUUUAGUAAAUUUAAUAUUGUUGAUUAUACUUCUCAAACUUAUGUGAAUUGAAGCUUAUCUGUUAUCAUCCAUUUUCAAACCAUUUAAUCCCUGUCCUUUGCAAUGAUUGUUUUAGGGUGGGGUUCUUGGCCUUGAUGAAUGAUUGGUUUGCAUCAUAAUAUUAUGCAGUGCAGCACUUUUUUUCAAUAUUUAUAUGUCAGUCUCAUUGAAAAUUGUCAAAUAUUAUCUUAAAAAUGAAUAAUGUGAUAUUUUUUAUUCUUGAUGGGCAGUGUGUCAAGCAAAAGUGCAACCUUCUUUUUACAAACUAGUGCUGAAAAUUUUUUAAAAACCAAACUGGACUUCUAAAAAUUGAAAGAUUUUCUUAUUUUUCUAUUGCAGUCUUAGAGGAUGUGCAAAGAUUAGAUGCAGUACUAAAUUUUUCCAUGUCCAGCUGGGUUUUAAUUUUGCAGAAAAAUGGAUAACUGCAUUUUAGCAUAAAUGAUGUGAUUUGAUUGCUGUCCAUUUUGAGGAAAAAUGUGC